GUGUGACGUGAGCAGGGGAGCUUUAAUAUAUUCAGAAUGCUUGAGUCACGUGUUUCCGGGUUACAACAACACUUCCGGCCCUUCUCCUGUUUCAGUAUUUAAAAUAUAUCAAUGUGUGGUUUGUUAAGGAGAUUACAGCUGAAGUAAGAAGAACAGGGAGGCUUUACUAGCAUGGAGACAGAGGAAGUAUCAGCCGAGGUACCUGCAGAACAAAACGAGGUCAAAGAGGCAAAUACACAGGAAAGCAAAGAGUCCACAGCAAGCACAGACAUUCAGGACCAUGUCACAGAAGAAAACAAAGAGGGAGGUGUAACCGAAACAGAAGGGGAGCCUUCCAAAGACAUUGACAAACCACCUUUUGACUGGUUGGAGCCACUCGAAGAAGACUGUGAUGAUGUUGAUUCCCAGAGCUUUGAUGGAGAAAUAGAGAGCCUUGUGGGGAGUGAACGGAGUGGGAGUGUGGUUAGUAUUAGGAAAACCACUGGACAAAGAAGUGGCAGAGGUGUUGGGAGACCUAGAAAGAGAACACAGUUUGAGGCAGAUGAAGGCUGGGAAGAUUGUCCAUCACUAGGAGAAGGAUGGAAACGCAAACUGGUUUUUCGUCGAUCAGGCACCAGUGAAGGACGCAGUGAUACAUACUAUAUGAGUCCAAGAGGUCAUAAAGUAAGAAGUAGGGUUGAGCUUGUGAAACAUGUAAGGCAAUCUGUGGACCUCACAAAUUUUAAUUUUAAAACGGGCCAGUUUCUUGGUGAAGGGCUUCACUGGAGACAGAGAAGGAAACUGGAUUCUCUCCAGGCACACUCUUCUGUACCCAGUUUAACAGAUGCAGGUCCUGCGGCCGGAAGUCCAGCAUCUUCAACUAGUCUCAGCCUUGGUACAGUUCCGAAGUCGAGCUCGUAUUCGAUCCAAAAGGAUACUGGUCCUGAGACAAAUACUGCUUUACCAAGUACCACCACUCAUCCUAUUGUUGAUUUGAUUGAAGAUUCUGCACAUUCAAAUCCUCCUCCGGUGGGCAGUUCAGUGUCUGCGGCCCCAGUUAGACCCAUCAAUGGUGCCAGUGGAGAUCCACAAAACAUGUUUGGUGUCUGUGAAAAGUGUCAUAAAACCUAUACUUUUGAAGAGGGACAAACUAUGUGCCAGAACUGCAGGCCAGAGGGUAACACAACAAUAUUAAGACGCAGAAAACCCUACAAGAAGCGGGUUCCAUGUGGCCGAUGCCGGGCUUGCCGAAAUACAGUGGACUGUGGAAAAUGUGUUAGUUGCAAAAAUGGUCUGCUACGCCUUCGACUCAAUAAAAACUCUCGUAAAGUCGUUAAAUGUCGCAAACGGAAGUGUUUGCACCCCAAGCGUAGGGACAGGGUUGUAAAGACAUCAGAAUGGCAGUUUUCCAACAUGGCUGGAUCGCUAAGCACCGCUUCAAAUAUUUCACAGCCCACAGUCUCAGAUGAUUUUGAGGAAUCACAGAGUUCCUAUUUGCAGUACAGUGACUCAGAGGACCUGUCUGUGUUCUUUGGGGUUAAUGAUGGUGACGGUGGCCUGGAUGAGAUGGGUGUACCAAAGGUACGUCGUCGUUCAUGUGGGAAGUGUAAAGGCUGCGUUCGCCGUACAGACUGUGGAAGCUGUGAUUUUUGCAUGGACAAACCCAAGUUUGGAGGCAGCAAUAAAAAAAGACAGAAAUGCCGUUUACGGCAGUGCCAAAGAGAGGCUAUGAAGCAUUUACUGCCCAUGGAUGAGGCGGAGAUGUUAUUUUCUCAGGGCUGGGUUCCUCGCAGAAGGCCACGUUACACAUAUGGACAUAAUAGAAACAGGUCCAAAAAGUUAUUAUAUUUGAAUAUCGGGGUUCCUGCUAAUAAGGCUGAAGCGUAUGUGCCAAAGGCUUCCUCGGGUGUUGCCCAGGUGGUGAAUCGAGACAGGCUCCUUCAUGCCAAUUACAAUGGAAAGCGACCAGAGGUUCUUCCUAUGGCAAUUCCAAUAAACUAUGCUCGGGGGAGUUUGAGGGAAGGGAAUCAAUCACAAGGUUUGGCAGGUCAGGAACCGUAUCAAGAAGAGCAACAGGAGGACGUAUCUUGUCCGUCGAUCACUCAGAUAUUUAGCAUGGCAGACAGUGACCCCAUGAUCCAAGGCAUCGACAGCAAUCAUGAACUGAUGCCUCUCCUGAGAUCUCUUCGUAGCAUUGUACUUCCUGUCCUCUGGUUCUGCGUCGUGGUGGAUGGCCCUCGGUUACAGCUGAUGCAGUGCUCCAAGCGCUCCACUAUGGCAGACACCACGAUUCAUAUUGAGCCCAGCUUCCACUACCACAUCAGCAUCCAGGGACAGCCUCUCCUGCCCACUCACAGACUCUACGACAGCCACCCGUCUCGUCUCACCACAACUAAAGAGAUUGUUGCCCUCCUCGAGGACCUAGAAAGGUACUGGGUCUGCCAGGGCUCGGGAAACAAGAAUUCAAAAAAAGGGUCUGAGGCUGUGUUUCCUGAGCGGGCGGCUACCUGUGACUUCCUCGUUUUUUCAGAAACAGAAUGCUGUGAAAAAUGCAAAGCUCUACAAAGGGUAUGAAGAGACUAUUCAGCACAAGGGAGUUAGUCUUAAAGUAAUACAUCUCCUAUUUCUGAUUUUGAACUAUUCUAGAAUAUCUUUAUACUCUAAUAUUGAAAUAUUAGACCACCAUUUAUUAUUAUUAUUAUUUUUCUUUAGAAGGAUUGGUACCAUUACAUUGACAGCUUAAUAUUUUUUUGGUUACUUUAAACCACAAAAACAUCACUUCCCACAUUAACAGGUUGGUUCAGCCCUGGUUUUGUUAUAAUGCAGAAUUCAGUUUCUUUCUUUUUGGACAAAAAAUGAACAGCACCAGGCUAAAUAAAUAAUGACUUAA